UACUUGCUAAGUUAUUUGAGUUAUUUCACAAUGGUUAUUUGGCUUCCAGGUUAGGAUGUACAGAGUAAAAAUGACGUCGCCGACCAAGGUUGUGUUGCUGGCGUGUGGAUCGUUUAAUCCAGUAACCAACAUGCACUUGAGACUUUUUGAAUUAGCUAGAGAUUCUUUAAAUAAAACUGGAAAGUAUAAUGUUAUUGGAGGCAUAAUAUCACCUGCCAGUGAUGGCUAUAAUAAAAAGGAUUUAGAAUCUGCGAAACAUAGAUGUUGUAUGAUUGACCAAGCACUUAAAACAUCUAACUGGAUAAAAUUAGACAAAUGGGAAUGUUCUAAAGAGGAUUGGACGACCACAGCUAAAGUUAUGGCACAUUUUAGAGACAAGAUAGAGAGUGACUAUAAUGAGAGAAGUAGACCACUACCAGCUAAAAAACGCAAAAAACUCAACAGUAAUGAAGGUCACACUAACAAUAUCCCAACAAUUAAUUUAGAGGAAGAAUCUGUACAGUUAAAGUUAUUGUGUGGUGCUGAUUUAUUAGAAUCUUUUGGAACACCAGGUUUAUGGUUAGAGGAAGAUAUAGAAGAUAUUAUAAAUAAUUAUGGUUUAGUUUGUGUAACAAGAGCGGGGAGUGAUCCACACAAGUUUAUCUAUGAAUCUGAUACCUUAACAAGAUGCAAGAAUAAUAUACAUAUUAUUACAGAAUGGAUAUUUAAUGAUAUAAGUUCAACAAAAAUAAGGAGAGCAUUACGGCGUGGUGAAAGUGUCAAAUAUUUAUUACAGGAUAAUGUUAUUGAUUAUAUUAGAAAACAUCAAAUAUAUCAUAUACCUGACAAUAAAUAUAUCAAUCAUAUGAUGCCAUCACCAAAUGACGAAGCUACUACUGCAUCACCAGACACAGAAGAGGAAUCUAUUUCAUCUCUUGAUGUGACUCCUUCCCCAACCUCAUCCACAAGAUCUCGAGACAGACCUGAUUCCAUGUACCACAGUAGAUAUCAUCAUCAUUCAGCAGACAUCAGAAAUUUUUAUAACCAGACGCCACAACAUGUGACCUGUAUGACUGAUAUUAGUAGUUUAGUUAGACGAGUGAAAAAUAUUCGAGUGGCAUAUACACCUGAAACUUGUGUGUGAAAAACAAAUAUUUCUUUUCGAAAAGGAUUUAGAAUUGAUUGGUCUGUGAUUUGGUUAAAAGUUUUAAAACUGAUGUUCACAAUUGUCUUGAUCCAGAAUGGCAUAAUAAACAAUGUGAGAUUUACUAGUACCAUAUAACUUUUUAUUGAUCUUACUUGAUAGCUGAAACUUAUAAUGUGUAACUGAAAUUAUCUGUUGUUUGUUUGUACAUAUUAUGUCAAUUUUUUAUACUAUAUAUUUGAUGGGACCAGGGAUAAAUUGAUUGUAUAUAUGACUUGCUCUACAACACAGGUUGUAUUGUGCUACAGCACUGUCUGUCAUAUUUUGCAAAUGUUUCAUUAUACAAUUUAUAGUUAUAUGAAUAUAGUCAAUAUUUCAAUUGUUUGUAAUUUGAAUGAUAACAAAUUUGUGAAAUCAGGAAAUCUAUGGAUUUUAAACUUCACAUGCCAGUAGGUGGUCAACUGUUUAGUACUUUACUACAACUGCUUAUAAAUUUGAGGGUAAUGAAUUUGUGAAUUUGAGAAGUUGAAACUGUACAUAUUUGUUAUCAUUAAUGAUGUGUGCAUCCUGUUUUGAGAUUGUUUUAUCCAACAUUUUUUAUAAUUUAUAAUGUCUUGACUUUACGUCAAAAUAUCAAACAUUUGUAAACUUGUAGGUAAAUAUGGGGCAUAUUUAGGUGUACUCGCUGAAAUAUAGAAUGCAUAAUGUUAUAAAUUUAUGAAAUGAUUGUAUUAUAUAUGCACCAGGCUUCCAUAACCAAAAACUGCUUUAAUAUACAUUUGUAUUUGCUGCUAUUAUAAGUAGAUAUAUGGAAUAUUUUCAUAAAGUCUAGGGUUGAAGUAUACUUUAUGGUACCUUUUAUGACAAGACUUUCUUGUCACAUAUUGAUAUAUGUUUUACAAAGUGUAAUUGCGCCACUGAGCAGUGCAUCAUUUUUGGGUUGAGGGCACUCUAUUGAUGGAUUAUUACCGGUAUGUUAUAUUAUGGAUAGUGAAACAAACAGAAAGGUUGUCUUUUUGAGAUUGAUGAGGAAGAUUAAUUUCAUGUAUUUAAAAAGCUUUUUGUUGACAAUCACAAUGCCCAGAUACUUUAUCUCCAAGUAACACCAAGCUUUAACAAGUAAUGCUUCCAUAAAAUCAUGCCUUUAAUAUUAGUAAAAAAAAUUUGUGAGUUGCAGGUUACAUAUACAGUACUUUGGUGUUGAUCGAUAUUUUAAAGUCUAACAGUUACUGUAA